CUUUCAUCCACACCAACGCCUCAGUCUCUCAACCCCUCUCAACCCCACUCCACCACACCCCUUCCAAUCCAACCUUUCUCGACAAACCGUCGACAUUGAUUGCUGCAACCAACAACUCUUGCUCGCUCUUGAACCAUGGCGUCUAAAUACGCCCAGAACCCGCGUCAAGGCUCUCAGUCUCCGUCGGCCCUCGCCGCUCACAUCGUGAAUGACAACGACUCCGGUUACGGUUCUAUCGUGGAAGGUGAAGGAGAUCAUCCUGCUGUGGUUUUGAAUCCGGGACAAGCGACCGAUGCCGAUAAGAGAUUGUGGGCUAGCCAUGUCAUCCAGCUUCAUUACAAUCAGAAUCGUGUUGCUCUUGGCCGCUCUAUCGUCCAUGUUAUAGAUACACUCAAGAAAUUCCAACACAACAACAGCAAAUGGCCAGCCCAUUACCCAUCUGUUCAACGCAUGGUAGAGGCACCAUCGCUAGCACGUACUCAAUCAUCUGGAGACGAGGGUGCGACGACAACGGAGCCCCGUUUGGUCACCCCACAGAUCGCGCAGGAGUUCAACGUUUUGAAGUUGGAUCUUAAGCUUGGGGCGCUUUCACCAUCGGAGCUCGUUCACUCGCUCGAAAAGUCGUCCAUUGCUUCUUUGUUGGAUGGAAAGAUUUCUCAGUCUAUCAAACACCUUUCUGCUCUUAGGGAGAGAAUUGAUGAUACCGCAUCGAAAGUGCUUGUUACUGGUGAUUUGAAUGCUGGAAAAUCGACAUUCUGCAAUGCUCUUCUCCGCAAGAAGGUUCUCCCCGAGGAUCAACAACCCUGCACGAGCAUCUUCUGUGAGGUUUUAGAUGCUAGGGACAAUGCUUCGGUUGAGGAGUUCCACGCAAUCCCCAUUGAUGGACCAGCAUAUAACCGCAAUGACGAGAGCACAUACGAUGUUUACCCAUUGGAGAAGUUGGAGGAAAUCGUUAUCGAGAAUGACAAAUAUUCUCAGGCCAAGAUAUAUGUGGAGGAUGCCCGAUCGGUUGAUCAGUCUCUUCUCCGCAAUGGCGUUGUCGAUAUCGCCCUCAUCGACGCCCCCGGUCUCAACCUUGAUUCACUCAAGACCACUGCCGUUUUUGCUAGACAGGAGGAGAUUGAUGUUGUUGUUUUUGUUUUGAGUGCGGAAAAUCAUUUUACUUUGUCAGCUAAGGAGUUCAUCUGGGAUGCCGCUCGCGAGAAGGCAUAUAUUUUCAUUGUCGUCAAUCGUUUCGAUAACAUUAGGGAUAAAGCUAGAUGUCAACGGCUCAUAUUGGAGCAGGUCGCUAGUCUUUCGCCAAGAACCCACCAGGACGCCAAGGAACUCGUACACUUUGUGUCAUCCAACGCGGUCAUCGACGGAGAUGACGCUGCCAAGUGCCAGGAGUUCGACAAGUUGGAGCAGAGCUUGAGGAGGUUUGUGCUUGAGAAGAGAGCCAGAAGCAAGUUGGCACCGGCCAAGACCUAUCUACUUAAUGUUCUUGAGGAUUUGGAAACUCUGGCCGAGGUCAACAAGGAGGCUACCUCAACCGAGUUGUCUAAGGUCCGCGAUGAGCUCAACAAGAUUGCGCCGGAGUUCGAGAAGUCUGUAACGGUGCGCGUGGAAGUCUCCGAGGGUGUUGACAAUUCAAUUGACGAGACUUGUGCUGCCGUAACCAAGUACGCACGUAAGACCAUCGCCGGCACAAUUUCCCGUCUCAGCGAGAGGCCUCCUGUCCAGUAUGAUGGUAUUUUUUCAGCCUAUGCUUUCGCUGAGGCUACCAAGAAUGCCAUGCUUGAGAAGAUCCAGGAUUCCGUCACUACCUCGGAGGAGUUUGCCAGGACCCAGACCACCCAGGGUGUUGCACGAAUUGGGUCCAUGGGCGUCCUUCAUUUGGGUAGCGAGUAUGUCGAGAAAGCGUUCCGCCCCGGGUAUAUGUUCACUCGCAAGAAGCAUCUUUUGAGCAAGAGCAUUAAGACCGAGAUUAAUGCCUUCGAUUUCUUCGACUUUGAUAAGCAAGAGAAGGUUGCAGGAAUGAGCUUGAGUCUCACGGUCGCUACCGUUGCUGGUGGUCAAGUAUUUGGUAUCAGCAGCUGGGUCGACGGAUUGUGGAAGGCUACCAGUUUCCUUGGCCCCAAGACUACGAAGAAAUUGAUCGUUCCGGCCAUUCUCGUUGCUGGUGUUGCUGGUGCGAUCUUCCUCAUCUCCGACAUACCCAACGCUGUUCCAAGGAAGUUGGCCAAGAAGAUCACAAAGGAAUUGGAGGAGAUGGACUACGUUCACUGCAAUUCCGACAGAAUUACUAAGGAAUGUAGGAAGGUUCUUGGGCUCUCGGCUAACGAGCUCAGGGCUGCAUUCCACAAGUCCAUCGAGAAGCAAGGCGCCACGAUUGAUGAGAAGAGAAGGACCGAGAAGGAGAGUGAGGUCGCAUUCAAGUACUUUGGGGGGCUUCUCAAAGACGCAGCUUCCCAGAAGAAGAGCGUUAAGGGAUUGGAUUUGGAGGGACCGGCGAUCGUUUUUUAAAAAAACAAAGACAAAUACGAAUGGAAAUGCAUGCACGGGAUCACUAGGGUUUUUUUUUUUCUUUUUUCUACACUCUUUAAUGAGGCGAGUGAUUGAUUGAUUGAUUGAUUGAUUGAUGAUGAAAUACAAACCGAACAAAAAAGAGAGAUUAGGAAAGGGAGACAUUGGGCUUCAUUCUUUUCCUCAUCCUCUUUUUCAUUUUUCAUUGUCGUUUUCCUUUUUUAGUGUUAUCACAUUGCAUUUUGUCUUUCCUCCUGCUUUACUUGAUUACUGGUGUCGGAGUUGUUUGCAGUCGUCCAUCCCGCGUGUCACUUCCCCCCUCUCCCCAUCAACUGUUAUGAAACUUUUUAGUACUAACUACACGACGGUAUUUUCUUAUGUCCAAAUUGAGAAUAUUUUAUAUACGCUUUCUUCUUUCUUUUCCGUACAGUUAUCGUGCACGCCUUUUCUUUUCUCUUCUCCCCUGAUAUUGAGCUUUUACGUUGAAGGUAGUUAUAUAUGUUUUUAGUGAUUGCGGUUUUUGUCCUUCCUCGUGAGAUGGGGCUUUCGUUGUAGGCUUAGGGAAUUGGAAAUGGGGGUUUUGCAUUAGCGGUUGGGUUCAUUUGGCCUUAUUCUUAUUUGCCCGGUCGAUGAGGGAUGGAUGGAUGUGAGGCUAGCUACGAGAGACGUGGGGUGUUUGCACAAUUGAAUAAAAGUUAUCUGAUAUUGGGA